CUUAUCUGAUGCUGUACAUCGCAGACAGCACACUGCCGACUGUUUUCAGUUGUUUCUGUAACGGCAGAAAGUGAACUCACUAGAAGUAGUCUGAAUUCAAAAUGCUGAAGAGAAAACCAUCUAAUGUUUCAGAGAAGGAGAAACAUCAGAAACCAAAGCGCAGCAGCAGUUUUGGGAAUUUUGAUCGUUUUCGGAAUAAUUCCAUAUCAAAACCAGAUGAUUUAACUGAGAAACAUGAAGGGGAACCCAUAAAUGAAAGUGGAGAACAAAACAAAACUUCCAAUAAUGGAGGAGGUUUGGGUAAAAAAAUGAGAGCUAUUUCGUGGACAAUGAAGAAGAAAGUGGGUAAAAAGUACAUCAAAGCCCUUUCUGAGGAAAAGGAUGAGGAAGAUGGAGAAAGUGUCCUUCCGUAUCGAAACAGUGACCCUAUGAUUGGGUCCCACACUGAGAAGGUCUCGCUCAAAGCCAGUGACUCCAUGGAUAGUCUCUACAGUGGGCAGAGCUCUUCAAGUGGAAUAACAAGCUGCUCAGAUGGAACAAGCAACAGGGACAGCUUUCGACUGGACGAUGAUGGCCCCUACUCAGGACCGUUCUGUGGCCGUGCCAGAGUGCAUACUGAUUUCACGCCAAGUCCUUAUGACACUGACUCUCUCAAAAUCAAGAAAGGAGAUAUCAUAGACAUUAUCUGCAAAACACCAAUGGGAAUGUGGACAGGAAUGUUGAACAACAAGGUGGGAAACUUCAAAUUUAUUUAUGUGGACGUCAUCUCAGAAGAAGAAGCAGCCCCCAAGAAGAUAAAGGCCCACCGAAGGAGUCAGAUGGGAAAACCUGAGACUGUGCAAGAGUUCUUAGAGAGGAUUCACCUUCAGGAAUAUACUUCAACACUUCUGCUUAAUGGUUACGAGACUCUAGAAGAUUUAAGGGAUAUAAAAGAAAGUCAUCUCAUUGAAUUAAACAUCGAAAACCCAGAAGACAGGAUGAGGUUACUAUCAGCGGCUGAAAACCUCCUUGAUGAAGAAACUAUUCAAGAGCAAGAAAAUGAACCUGUGGCCCUGUCCGUAAGCCCAGAUACCUCCUUAAAUAAGUCACAGUUAGAUGACUGCCCGAGGGACUCGGGUUGUUAUAUCUCAUCAGAAAAUUCAGAUAAUGGCAAAGAAGACGUAGAGCCGGAGAAUCUGUCCGACAUGGUACAUAAGAUUACAAUCACGGAGCCAAGUGACUGAACACACGUGCUCCACUAUGUGUCCGCAGAUACAUUACAUUCGAACUCCUCUUGAGCUAAAAGAUCAAAUCGAAGGGGAGAAAUAUUUGUAAAUAUAACCGGAGGUGAAAAUGUUUCAUAUGAAUUGUACAUACAAGUUCAUAUCUCUAACAUUCCCAAUUAUUGUAAAUAAAAUGUAUAUUUAUUAUUUCCAGUGCAAUGUGUUAAUAUUUCACUUUCCUGUAUUAGGAAAAUCAUACCGUAAGCCUUUGCUCUGUGCAACAUAGGCUUUAUCUGGCUUUACAAAUAUAAAAUGAUACAAUCUGUGAAAACAAGCAAACAAUUUUUAUACCUGCAGUUUUGAAUGUAUAUAUAUUAUUGAAUGAAUAGUAACAAAACAUGUCUCCGUGACUGAUUUGUCCAAAUGGCACCUACAUUCAUUUUUAUACUUACUGGGAAAGCGAGAGUUAAUAUUGGGGACCUUUUAUCCUGACUCACAGUAAAAAGUUAGUAAUUAUUUUUUGCUGAUUUCUACCCUCUGUUAUCUGGUAUAAAAUAUAGAUAAGAGUAUAUUGUUGCCUCUGAUUCAGUAAAACUAAUUUUAAUAAU